UCUAAAGUACUACCUGUAAGUUUUUAUUGUGCGCAACAAGACGACAAACACGGAAUUAAAGAUAUCGUUUACUUGUGGACAAUUGUGAUUGUAAUAGCAACGGCAACGGCCGAAAGCUUAACAAAUCGAAGCUAAUUAAUUAAAAUCAACGGAAAAUCUAUUUCCAACUGCUACAUUGCAUACCCAUAUCGGUUUCGAUUAGUGCAAAAAGGCCCACACGGCUACAAAAUAAACAAGAGCAAGAAAAUGCAUGCGAUAUCGUCAGGGCAUAUAUUAAAUAUUAAAUCAAUAUUUUUUACACUAAUCGCGGUGUUACUCAUUGCACCAAAUGUGGUUAAAUCGCGUAAACAUCACUUGGAAGUUCGCAACGAUAUGCGUCCGUAUAUUGCUUUGAGCACCUUUGGCUUUUACACAAACGGACAUUUAAACGUCCAGCUAAGUCAGCUAACCGUGGAUGAUGAGCAGUCAACUGAUUUGUUUGGUCUAACGCUGGAUAAAACAACUAUUGAUCAACUUAAUCCAUACUUGGAUUCGCAUCAGAACAACUGCAUACUAGAAGAGCCGCCGUCCAAACAAAAAAGGGGCCCAAUACUUUUUUUUUUGCUUGAUAUAAAAGAGCUUAAAGUACAUGUACAUUGUUCCCCGGAAUGGGUAAACAAACACGUCUACAAGGAUGUGAUGUCCCGUCACAAGCGCAAUUCACAUAUGGCUAAAGUGAGCGACUCUGCAUUGUUCAUGCAGAAGCGUCGACGUCGGAGUGUAAUGCCAAUAGAUUCUGAGGAAGCUGUUGAUAGCAUGAAUGAUCAUUCGGUUGAGGAGCCCAUGCAAUCAGAGAUGGAUGCAGCAGAGGCUAAUGCAAAGGAAAUUAUCGAGCAGCCAAAGUUGUCGUCGCCCAUUGUGACCGGUAAAAUUGAAGGAGCACCUAAAGAGGACGUGGCUGACGUAAUAAAUCUAAAAGCAGUCCCUGCAAGGCUUGAGCCCAAAAAGAUUUCUGUUUCGAAACCAAAGGUAGAGGAAGUGGCAAAUGCAUCAUUCAUUGUAGGUGUUCCGCCCGCUAUUCCUAAGGCCGUCGUAGCCAAUGGAAACCGUGAACUACAAACUGAAGCCGGUACAAAUGGCGAUGUCAAUAUCGAUGGGCAUGGUGCCGUGGCUGCCGUAUCUACUUCAACUGGUAGCAGCAACAAGCAAAUUUCCAGUGAUGCUGAUGCUGAAGUGCAGUCACCAAUGCCUGGUGAACGUUCCCGCGGCUCGGUAUUAGACUUUUACGAUUUCAACUUUUACAGACAAUCACAAGAGGAGCUAUGUAGAAAUUUCACUCUACCCCUCAAAAAACUAACAAUAGACGGUACCAACUAUUACAACUUUACGUUCUCCAUGUUUGUAGCUACACAGCAUGAUGAGGGAUUAUAUAAUUUGUACUUCCAUGCCUGCCCCAACUAUCAUCGCCCUAAGAUGCUAUCGUUUAAUGUGGACAUAGAGGAGAACAACAAUGGCAACUAUUUGUCGGCUGGAGAAAUGCCGCUGCCGGCUUUGUACUUUAUGAUGAGUCUGUUAUUCUUUUUGUCCGGCCUAUUCUGGGUAUUCAUAUUAAAAAAGAGCAAGCAUACCGUCUACAAGAUACACUACCUAAUGGCUGUCCUUGUAUUCUUAAAGUCGCUAUCCCUUAUGUUCCAUUCCAUUAAUUAUCAUUUUAUUGAGAAACGUGGUGAGCAUGUCGAAACGUGGGCCAUACUUUACUACAUUGCGCAUCUACUGAAGGGUGCCGUCUUGUUUAUAACUAUUGUCCUCAUUGGUACCGGCUGGACAUUCAUUAAGCACAUACUCUCCGACAAGGAUAAGAAGAUCUUCAUGAUUGUCAUUCCCCUCCAGGUGCUUGCCAAUGUAGCACAAAUAAUAACGGACGAAUCUGAUCAAAGCGAUGCCGAAUUUCGUACCUGGCACAAUAUUUUCUUCUUUGUGGACUUGCUCUGCUGUGGUGCUAUACUGUUUCCUAUUGUGUGGUCCAUCCGUCAUUUGCAUGAGGCGUCCGCAACAGACGGCAAGGCGGCAAUCAAUCUACGGAAGCUAAAACUCUUUCGCCAGUUCUACAUUAUGAUUGUCUGCUAUAUUUACUUUACUCGCAUUAUUGUGGACUUGCUGCAGAUGACGGUCGUCUUUCAAUACGCCUGGCUGGAUGAGAUGUUUCGAGAGAUGGCCACAUAUGUGUUCUUUGUGCUUACGGGCUAUAAGUUCCGUCCAGUCUCAUCACAUCCAUAUUUCACGGUGCCAGACGACGAAGAAGACGACGAUGUGGAGGUAGUUACCGAAUCCGGUAUCACUGCAUCGUUACAUCGUGUUAAACCGCUCAGCCGCUCGGCCCAUUCCAAUACCAUAACCAUUAUCGAAGGCAACGAUGAUGAGCGCGAGAAUCUGAUUGCGAAGCGGGAAUCAAGCCAUGAAUACGAUUAGAUCCUUGGAUAAAGCUACACACGCAUAUACAGACACACGCAUACAAAUAUAUGUAUAUAUUUGGACAUAUAUAGCAUAUAUAAGAUACGAACUUAAUUGCAAUCGUAGCUUAGGCAAGGCGAAUUCUAACUCCUGCUAAGAGCUCAGAAAUUGAUAUUUGGUAAAGUUGGGAUAAGUGGUGUUUAGUUUUGUAGUCUUGCAACAACAACAGCCACCCCCUUCCUCUUUCUCUCUCUUCUCUUCUAAGAUAAAGUUAAGUGCCCGCCCAACACCAUUGCACGUGUAUAUACAAAACGACGCUUCGCGUAACAUACAACGCUCGAAACAUACAAAUAUCCACACACACACACACACAUACACAGAACGAUGCUUAUACCCAUUCGUUUUAAGAUAUUAAUGAUAUAAUUUUAUGGAAUAUACAAUAUAUACAUAAAGCUUUAA